AUGCGACCCGGCCACGCGGUGCCGUUGACCGGCGGCUCGGGACCGUGCCCGAAGGCGCCUGGCAGCGAGGUGUCCCCGACCGGCGCCCGCCCGACCGGGCAGUGCGGGACGAGCUACGAGACGGGCCACGCCUCCGCGGUGAAGCUGGCGUACGUUCACAAGGUGAAGAACUGCAUCAUGACCACGGGCUACAGCGGCACCGAGCAGGGCGACGUGACCCAGGCGCAGAUGCGGUCGGCCAGCGACGUGGAGGAGUUCGCCAAUGGAAAGGGCGGCAUGACGGCUGGGCGGCCUGGGAGGCCAGCGCCUCGCCGUCCUCGACCGGGGCGGCCGGGCGCUGCCCUCCGGGGCCAUCGGCGAGAUCACCGUCAGCGGCCCCGGCCUGGCCUCCGGCUACCUGGCGAUGCCGCAGCAGACGGCCGAGUAUUUUGUGCCCUGCGCCGCCCUGGGCGGCGCUCGUUCCGCGCGGACAGGCGACCUCGGCAGGUGGGACACCGUGGGCAACAUCGAGGUCGUCGGGCGCCUGGGCUCGAUGGUGAAGGUGCGGGGGGCGCGCGUGGACCUCGGAGAGGUGGAGACCGCGGUGCUGAGCCACCCCAGGAGACACCCGUCUCGGCAUGCGCCGUCGGCGUGCACGACGACAAGCUGGUCGCCUACGUGGUUCCCGCGGUCCCCGGCGACCUGCGCGACUUCUGCAAGCAGAAGCUCGUGGCGUACAUGGUGCCGCACGUGCUGGUCGGGCUCGACGAGCUCCCCAAGCUCGCCAACGGGAAGGUCAACAAGAAGGCGCUGAAGCCCCCAGACCCGGAGGAGGGCGGCGGGGAGACGGUCAUGGAGCUCGACAGCCUGGGCCAGAUGCGGAAGUUCACGCGGCAGAACGCCGCCGAAGAUUUGGUGCUGGACAACGUGCGGGCCAUCCUGAUCGGCGUGAUCAUCCACGGCCACAACAUUCCGCUCCAGAAGGGGAGCCACGAGAUGAUCAGCAACGGCUGGAAGCCCCUGGGGCAGGAGUGGGGCACGGCGCAGUACACGUUCUUGUACCUGCUCGUGAGCGGCGGCUGGUCUUCCCUGGCGUUCCUGAGCGGCUUCGACGACACGCGGGCCGAGCACAGGGGGUAUGGCAUGACCUACCGUGAGGUGCUCUUCCUCUUCAUAUGGAUCGCGUUCGAUUUCAACUGGACCAUGUGGUACUUCCCGGCGUUCGUCAUCAUGAGGGCUGGCAUCUGCGCCGCGCACAGAGCUGGCCUUGAGCUUACCCACAUCUUGCUAGCAUCCCAGAUCUGGCUCAUCAUGCCAGCGUUCAUCGACAUCUACGUGGGCUGGACACCAUACUUCAAGGGAGCUGGACCGCAGAAUCCCCCGCAGGAUAAGGUGUGUCCGUCGGAGUGCUUCUGUCCGUUCGAGGAGUGGCCCUGGUUCCAGCCGCUCACCCACUACACCGUGGGCUACUGGAACAGCGGCGUCGAGAACAGCUGGCUGGGUCACGGCCUGAUAUUCAUCCCCUGCUACUGGAUCGGCCUGUACUGCGGGAAGUACGUGUUCCCGCUGCUGACCAAGCUCGCCAACGAGCCGAGCCUGACUCGCCGGAUGGCGGUGUCCGCGGUCGUGUUGACCAUAUAUUACUUCUGCUUUACAGUCCUGGACGAGGUGAAGGCAGGCUACGACGAUCGUUGCAAGAGCUUCUGGUCGGACGGGGAAUUCGUUGCCUUUCAGAUCUUCAAGAAUUGCCGGUAUUUUGCGAUGAACUUGGGCAUGUCCUUGCUCUACGUGGUCUUCAUCGCAGCCGCUUGUCCAGUUCACUUGAAGUAUUUGGCAAAGAUCAGCUUCUCCUCGCUGAUCUUCUCCCCGUUCUUCAGCUGCGUGCUGGACCUGGCGCCCAUCGCGCUGGCCAUCCGCGGCGUGGUUCCUUCUAUUGUCUCGCCGGUCCUGGAGAUCUCGGCCGUCCUCGCCGUGCCGUUCACGUACGAGCUCGUGUGCGGUGUCGUUUUCACCACCGUGGUGGGCCUGGUCGUGCCGCCCGUCAUCAGGCUCGUCAAGAGGAAGUAG